UUGACCUCCUUGGGUACAGCCAUCAUCCAGCGUGUUCUGUCCGCCUCGGUCACCGUGGACAAGGAGGUCAUCUCCUCUAUCGGCAAAGGCAUUCUCGUCCUUGCCGCUGUUGCCCCUGGUGAUACCGAGAAAGAAGCUGAGGCUCUGGCGACCAAGGUGCUGAAGCUCAAGAUGUGGGAUGACGAGGCUGGUGGCAGGUGGAAGAAAAACGUCCAGGAUAUUUCCGGGGAAGUUCUAUGUGUUUCCCAAUUCACCUUAUUUGCCAAGAUCAAUAAGAACAAGCCUGACUUUCGUCUCUCGGCACCAGCUGAAGAUGCCAAGAGGCUUUACCACCACUUCCUGCAGAAAGUCCAGGACGGUUAUGCAGCAGACAAGGUGAAGGACGGAAGAUUUCAAGCCAUGAUGGAGGUCGCUCUCGUCAAUGAUGGACCUGUUACUCUCGAGCUCAACACAGACCCUACGCCAAAGCAAUGA